AUGUGCGGAAUCAUCGCAAUCAUCCUUGCUGAUCCUAAUGGAUCUGCCGUCACCGAUAUCCAUAACGGUCUUCCAAUUCUUCAACACAGAGGGCAGGAUGCUUGCGGAAUUGCUACCUGCGGUCAGAGGGGUCGAAUUUAUACUCGCAAAGGCAAUGGGCUUUGUUCUGAGGUCUUUAGGUUCCCUGAACAGCUUAUGGAUUUGCCAGGGAACAUGGGGCUCGGACAUUUGCGCUAUCCUACCGCCGGCUCCUCAGCAAAUGCCGAAGCCCAGCCAUUCUACGUAAAUUCGCCAUACGGGAUCUGCUUUGCCCAUAAUGGCAACCUCAUUAAUGCAUCAGAGUUACGAGACUACCUUGAUCACGAAGCGCAUAGACAUAUCAACACUGAUUCUGACAGCGAGACACUGUUGAACAUCUUCGCUAGUGCCUUGCAGGAGACUGGAAAGUUCCGUGUCAACGAAGAAGAUUUGUUCACUGCGUUGAAGGCUAUCUACCAACGGUGCCAGGGUGGUUAUGCUUGUAUAGCUAUGCUUGCAGGGUUUGGAAUCAUCGGGUUUAGGGAUCCUUACGGCAUUAGGCCCCUUGUUCUGGGAGAGAGAAAUGGUAUUAAUGGUGGGAUGGAUUAUAUGUUUUCCAGCGAGAGUGUUGCGCUGGAUCAACUCGGUUUCACUAACCACCGUAAUAUCAACCCGGGGGAGGCUGUUAUCAUUAAGAAAGGGUGUAAACCUAUCUUUAGACAGGUGCAUCCUAUCCUCAAUCACGCCCCGGACAUCUUUGAGUAUGUCUAUUUCGCUCGUCCAGACACCAUCAUCGAUGGUAUCUCGGUUUAUAGAUCCCGGCAGAAUAUGGGAUUGGCCUUGGCGAAUACUGUUCUAGCAAAACUUGGCGCAGACAUUGUCAAAACGAUUGACGUUGUCAUUCCUAUCCCUACAACCUCGGAGGUUUCAGCCCUCAGUCUUUCCCAGAAGCUGGGAAUUCCGUACUGCCAGGCCUUUGUCAAGAAUCGCUAUGUUGGAAGGACCUUCAUUAUGCCUGGGCAAAAAGAGAGGCAGAAGUCUGUAAGGAGGAAGUUAAAUGCUAUGAAAGAAGAGUUCAAGGACAAGAACGUUUUGCUUGUUGACGACAGUAUCGUGCGAGGAACAACCAGUCGGGAAAUCGUGAAUAUGGCUAGGGAAGCUUGUGCAAGGAAGGUUUACUUUGCCAGCUGUGCACCCCCCAUCAGGAAUGCCCACAUCUACGGGAUCGACCUUGCCGAUACCAAAGAGCUGGUUGCAUAUGGUCGAACAGAAGAAGAAAUCUCGGAGCAUAUCGGUGCAGAUGCGGUCAUUUACCAGACUCUCCCAGAUCUCGUCGAAUCCUGCUCUUCUCUCUCCAGCCAUAUUAAGAACUUUGAGGUUGGAGUCUUUAGCGGGGAAUACGUCACUCCCGUGGAUCCAUCCUACUUCAAGAAGCUUGAAAGUAUACGUGGAGAGACUUCAAAGAUGAAAAGAAAAGAAGCCGCUAUCAAAGCUGUCGCCGCCGGUAUUGCCAAUGAGGGCGAUGUCGCUGAUGUGCUGAAAAUGAACGGGGUUAAAGUCAAUGGCCACGGCUUUGAUGAGCCUGUGAGUGAGACUGUAAGAGAACGGAUGGAUGUUAGCAUCCACAACUUUGGUGACUACGUAGGUGUUGGUAGAGAUGGAGGACAAGAUGAUUGA